AUGACUUCGUCACUCGAUUUGAAGGCGCUUAAUGUCUUCAUCAGGACCCCUGUUUCUCAGGACAUGGUCCAUAAACUUGUGGUGGCCACCUUGCAGGUGAUUCAGUGCCAGGAAGACAAGAACAGCAAGAGCACCAACGGCGGCAAGCCGCUCCCAUCGUUGAUGUCAUUUAUCAACAAGUUGGUCAAGUACACGAAUGUGUACACAGGCACGUUGAUGGCCACGUUGGUGUUGUUGGGCCGCUUGAAGCUGAAAUUGCCGCACAACGCCCAGGGCUUGGCUUGCACCAGACACCGUGUCUUCUUGAGCUGCUUGAUCUUAGCGCUGAAGUUCCACAACGAUUCGUCCCCCAAAAACGUCCAUUGGGCGAAGUACACCGACGGGCUAUUCAGCUUGAAGGACGUCAACUUGAUGGAGGUGCAAUUGCUUUUCCUCCUAAAUUGGAACGUCAAGGUAUCGAAUGAAGACAUGGUGCUGCAUUUGAGAAAGUUCUUGGCCCCCAUCAAGGACGACUUGGUCAAGACUGCCCGGAUGAAACAGUUCUUG